AUGGCGGGGCAUUUGAGCAGCGAUGAGUUCUUCGCUCAACUCACCACGCUCCUCGCCUCAGCCCAACAAAAAGGUCACGGCUCCAUCUACCUCGUCCAGAAGCGGCUGACAUACAACACCCCUGCCCCGCUUCCCACCUCCGAAAAUCCACUCGCAGACCUCAAUCCCGCCUCUCCACUCCCAAUCCUCAUCCGAGCCACAGACGGGAAAUCCCAAUCCCAAGACCGGAAGGAAAAGAAGAAGAAGGUCAAGAUUAGCACCGUGGUGCAGCCGGAGGAACUAGACGGUUUCUAUCAGAAGUACGCCGAGGUGUGCAAGGCAGGAAUGCAGAGUUUGAAGAAGAGGGAUCGGAGCAAGCGGAAGAAGGGCAAGAAGAAGGCAGCAGGAGGAGGGGAGGGGGAGAAGAAGUGA